AUGGAUUUACCAGUAGAAACAAGCUUUAAACAGCAGGGGACCAUGGAGUUGCCAGUAGAAACAAGCUUUAAACAGCAGGGGACCAUGGAUUUACCAGUAGAAACAAGCUUUAAACAGCAGGGAACCAUGGAUUUACCAGUAGAAACAAGCUUUAAACAGCAGGGGACCAUGGAUUUACCAGUAGAAACAAGCUUUAAACAGCAGGGGACCAUGGAUUUACCAGUAGAAACAAGCUUUAAACAGCAGGGGACCAUGGAUUUACCAGUAGAAACAAGCUUUAAACAGCAGGGGACCAUGGAUUUACCAGUAGAAACAAGCUUUAAACAGCAGGGGACCAUGGAUUUACCAGUAGAAACAAGCUUUAAACAGCAGGGGACCAUGGAUUUACCAGUAGAAACAAGCUUUAAACAGCAGGGGACCAUGGAUUUACCAGUAGAAACAAGCUUUAAACAGCAGGGGACCAUGGAUUUACCAGUAGAAACAAGCUUUAAACAGCAGGGGACCAUGGAUUUACCAGUAGAAACAAGCUUUAAACAGCAGGGGACCAUGGAUUUACCAGUAGAAACAAGCUUUAAACAGCAGGGGACCAUGGAUUUACCAGUAGAAACAAGCUUUAAACAGCAGGGGACCAUGGAUUUACCAGUAGAAACAAGCUUUAAACAGCAGGGGACCAUGGAGUUACCAGUAGAAACAAGCUUUAAACAGCAGGGGACCAUGGAGUUACCAGUAGAAACAAGCUUUAAACAGCAGGGGACCAUGGAGUUGCCAGUAGAAACAAGCUUUAAACAGCAGGGGACCAUGGAGUUGCCAGUAGAAACAAGCUUUAAACAGCAGGGGACCAUGGAGUUGCCAGUAGAAACAAGCUUUAAACAGCAGGGGACCAUGGAGUUGCCAGUAGAAACAAGCUUUAAACAGCAGGGGACCAUGGAGUUGCCAGUAGAAACAAGCUUUAAACAGCAGGGGACCAUGGAGUUGCCAGUAGAAACAAGCUUUAAACAGCAGGAGACCAUGGAGUUGCCAACUACAUUAAGGAUCAACGUACCACAGCCAUAA